AUGCCGCGCCAGGAAAAUAAGCAGCCGCCAACCAGACCACCAAGCAGACCAAAGUCGCCCGGCGAAAUAUUUGAGGGACAGAACAGCAACGCUCCGCCGAUCCCUUCGCCCUCGCGAACGCCCAAACCUAGUGGUGCGGUGGACGAUGACCCGGACAGUAUCCAGUCCUCGCGCGCGUCUUCGCGGACGCCCGCGCGUGCGGUGCCGGUCAAGGACCCUACUCCCGCGGUGCCGCCCAAGGAUUCCACCCCUCCGCCGCCCACUCGCCCUCCCUCUCGGUCAAGUAUCGCAUCCUCACGGGCGUCUGUCAAACCUUCUACACCUCUGCCGAAGCCUUCUACACCUCCGCCUCCGACAGCUGAUGCGUUUCCUGGCUUGGAGCUCGACACGCCUUCGCCUCUUGAGGGCGCUUUGCUGACUCCGUUUAUCUUUGACCCUUCUGCGGUUGGUAUCAUCAUCACGGACGCUGAUUCGACUAUUACGAACGGUGGCUCAACACCUGCAGAACCUGGGCCGUCAUCGAGGCAAGAUCGUCCCGACCAAGUACCAACGCCGAGGGAUCCAGCUGCAAGCUCUCGUGCACAUACACCUGCGCCUCCGAUCAUAGAGCCAGAGUCGCUGGCUAUCGAUACCGUCCGUGUGCAGUCCGACGAGGCAGGCAGCAAGGGUUCGCCAGGAACACUCCUGUCCACUCUUCCCCCGAUUCCUUCGUUCGAUGAUGAGGAGGACGAUCUCGAGCCCGAGGCCUUUGAUGACGGCCUUCGCGCGUUUGUGGUGUCUCGUCUCCUGAACGACGACCAGACACGGGCGGACCGCGUCGAGUCCGUGCUGGCUGCCAAUCUGGCCAUCCCGCGCCCCCAAGUGGCCUAUCGCGUACCAACAUCCCCGAAGACCUUGGUAAAGGAAAUAUCCGACCCGAUCUCCCAGCGGCCAGACGACGAUGGUAUCGGGAGCACUCUGGAGAACCUCAUGGAGAACCUGCACACGAUGCUGACGGUAAAGCAGCAGCGGCUGCGCGAGGAGUACCUCGCGCUGAACGAGCGGUGGAAGCGGCAUUGUGCGAAGCUUGACGCGCAAGCGCGCGAGAUGGCCGAGCCGGAGAUCACGCACGGGCGGUCGACGAGGCGGAACGCCGCGCUCGGCGACACGAUCCGCUCCGACCUCGAGAUGGAGCAGAUCAUCGCGAGCCUGAGCGUCGACGAGGCAACGAACCCGGACAUCGUCUCCCAGCGGAACCAGGCGACGAUCCCGGACAUGAUCUCCGUCACGCAGGGGCACGUGCCCUACUCGUACAACGACAACAACCUGCGCGUGUACGAUCCAGAAGAGUACUACGCGCCCGAGACGGGCAUCCACGACUGGUCGCCCGCGGAGCGCGACAUCAUGCUGCGCCAGUACGCGCAGACGCCGAAGCAGUUUGGCUACAUCGCGGACAAGCUGGAGAACAAGACGGCGGAGCAGUGUGUGGACUUUUACUACCUGCACAAGAAGCAGCUGCUCGACUUUCGGAAGGCGGUCACCACGUACGGGCCCAAGAAGCGCGGGGGGAGGAGGUUGGGGAAGCGGAAGGGGAACGCGCUGCUGGCGGAUAUCGCGCAGCACGACGCGGAGGUGCGGGAGGAGGUCAAGGGCCCGAUAGCGACGCGGCGGACGAGGAGGGCGCAAGUGAUUGCGACGGAGGCGAGGCGGACGUCGGCGAGGAGGGCGGCGUCGCAUGCGGAGACGGGGGCGUCGGCGACGGCGACGCCGGAGCCGGAAAGUACGGGUCGGGCGACUAGACGGCGGAAAGUCCCUGCGCCAAAGGGUCCUGCGAGCGCGGUUAGAUCUGCGCAGCCUAGUCGACAGGCAUCGCCUGAAGCAAGUAAAGCGGCGACGCCGGUGCCAUCGAACCAGGCAACUCCUCAGCCUGAAGCGGGGCCUGACAAGGCUGGGUCUACUGAGCCAGAUGCAGCGCCUCCGCCAUCCGUCUCUGUCGUCGCGCAGUCUCUGUUGCUGCCCAUGAUUCCUGCACCGAAGCCAACGCCGCCGCCGCCGCCGUCGUCAUCUAACAAGACCAUCGAGGAGGUUGAUGAUGGGAGUGCAUCGAAUCGCCCACCAAAACGCUUGAAGCGGCCCGGAAAAAAGUACAAGAAGUCAGCGGAGAUCAUCGACGACGAUAUGGAGGAGGCCGCGGGAUCGAAGCCUCUUUCGUUGCCUUCAAUUUCGUCUCCUACAGCGCCUUCAGCUGCAGCAACUGCACCCACUGCGAAUCCGGCUGGGUGGACGGAUGCGGAUACCGCAACCCUCCUCGUGUUACUGCAAGAGCACGGGAUGAACUUUGACCGCAUCGCUGCUGCCAUGCCGGGGAAGACCGUCGCCGACGUGAGCACCGUCUGCCAGAACAACAUGGUGCUCAGCAGCAUCGCGCAAAGCAUGGGGUCGAAACCGAGUGACGCGAACACCAAUGCAAAGACCGACUCUGACGCAUCCAAAACCACCACCGCUACGACCAAAACCCCAGCACCGACAACGGUUAUGCCACCGCCACCAUAUGGGAUGUACGGGGGCAUGCCCAUGCAACCCAACACCAUGCAAAUGCACCCCGGUACCAUCCCCAUGCCCCACAUUCCGCCGUACAUGCAGUCCCCGAUGUACCCUCCUCCGCCAAUGCACUACGCGCGGUAUCCGGAGUACUACCCGAGGGAUUACUGGCCGCCGCCGUUCCCUGGUUAUCCGGGGUAUCCGCCGCCCAUGGCAUCUCACUCGCAGACGCCCGCGCAGGCGCAGACGCCGGCACCGGGAGCAUCGACGCCGGCGGGUUCGUCACAGGCGGCUGGAUCCUCGCAGGCAGCUGGGUCUGCGACGCCAACCAAACCCUCUCAGCCAAACGGCGCCUUUGACAAACAGUCUGCAUCCUCGGAAACGCCGCCAGCCAAGUGA